AUGGGGAGCUCACAGGAAGCUGGAUGGUGCAAGAAACUCACGUCACCUACAAAUGCAAGAGCUAAUUUGAAAGUUAUCAGGAAGACUGUGUACACUGCUGUUCUGCUCACCAUCACUGUAGUUACAGGAGCUACAGGGAACAACGAAGUGCUUGUGACUGUAGGCAACAGCUCUGUGCUCACUUGCUCUCCCAAAACAAAUAUAACUAUGGUAACAUGGAAAAUAAACCCCAAGGCUGGAGGCUCCUGCACCUUGGGAUACAGGGCUGAUCUGAACAAGACAGACAGAACAAACUGCAGUGACAACAUGAACUGGAAAUUCAGACCAGACCGAGAUCCUGCCCUUGAGAUACGGCAAGUGGGAAGAGCCCAUGAGGGAAUUUACACCUGUGAAGUAGCAGCAAAAGAAGGGAAUUUUGGCAAGACCCACCACCUGACUGUGCAGGUUCCCCCGAGGCUGACCCUGUACUGUGCCGGCCAUGGGAGCCCCGUGUGCGAGGCAGUAGCAGGGAAGCCACCUGCUCAGAUCUCCUGGGUCCCACAGAACAACUCCACCUCCAGGGAAGAAGGCCAUGUUGAUGGGACAGUGACUGUUGUCAGCAUGUUCACAGCAUCCAGCACCAACAUGACUUACACAACCUGCAUUGUAUCCCACCCAGCUGGGAACCAGAGCAAGUCCAUAGCCUGUGGGCCCUCAAGAGAGGUGAUUAAUGUAGUGGACUUCCUUUCCGUCAACAAGGCUGAAUGGAAAGGCAGGAUUAUUCAGAAGUUCAUGAUGCACAAAGAUGUCAAUGAGAAUUUUACCUGGUUUACUCACUGUGUCAUCAGUGUCGCUAGUCUCCUGGGCCUGCUGUUCCUGUUUGCAGUUCUUCAUCUCUACAUCUUCUGUCAUAGCAGGUAUGUAUGGGACAGGAUACACACAACUCCCUUUGCACAGUCUUGGAGGAGUUUAGAAGGACUUCUGGUCAAUGAGAAACCAGGACAAGCCAAGCUUCAUUCCAUUACCCCUUAUGCUAUUGCUAGCUACCAUUGA